AAAAAAACAGAAAUAUUUUUUCAUUUCCAGUUUUAUAGUUAGUCUCAUUUGCAAUAAACUGUGCUUAAAAUAUGGACGUUCUCAUUUUACCAAAUUUUACCAGCUCAUAAAAUUUGCAUUUAACGUCUGCACACAUACACACGCACACCUUUGAUAUACAUACAUAUGUAUGUAUGCCAACGCUCCGACUCAAAAGCUUAAAUCGCUCAUCUUCACUUUUAGUCUCGGCUUGACGUCAUAUUUAUUUUGGAAAAAAAAGAACUGCUAACCUGCCAAGCGAUUUUUUCACAACCAAAUCUUCAUUUCAAAUAAAUAAACCUACAUUUACCGUUGGCGCGCGCAGUUCAGUCAAGCGCGUUUCAAGUGACAAGUUGUCAGCUCUAACUUUGUAGUGAGCCACUUAGCAAUGCAAUAAACACACAUACAUCUAUCUAUACAAUUUGCAUAUGUAAUACUAUAUCCGCCUAAGUGUGCUCCAUUUAGGCGUUAGCUUUGUAUCAGUGUGUGUGUAUGUGUAUUACUCAUAUUCGUUACUAAAGCGCAUGUGUGGGCGUCUUCUACGCUUUUGGCUGCAAUUGGUACUAAAAGAUAUUCGUCUAUAGAAAGAUCUACAUAUACAAAGCGGUGACAAUUCAUUCGAACGCCCAUAAUUUAGCAAACACGAUUUAGGCAUUUGCCAACGCAACGGCGAGCCGACGCAAUGAUACGCUGGCAGCAGACACUACAAUUGGCCAUCGCUUGCAUUUUAGUGCAAUGCGCUCUCUCUCAAAACUACGAUAAGGAAAAUCGUCGCCUCAUUCUGCAAAUUAAAGACCAAAAAACGACCAAUCAACAAUACUAUUCGUCGAAUUUCGAUACCAGAAAUGGUAAUUAUGAAGGUUUUGAUGGUCGUUAUAAAGGUAUUAAACAAGGUCAAUAUGUCCCGGACAAUUCGGGCAAAUAUGUUCAUGUUGAAGGUCCAACUGGUCCACCAGCCGUACCAUAUGUGCACGUAGAGGGACCACAGGGCGGUUUUGGCGGUGAAGGCGGCGUAGGCGGCAAAGGCAGCGGCGGCGGUGUAGGACCAGGCGGCCCAGGCGGACCAAAGGGACCCGGCGGUCCAAAGGGACCUGGCGGCCCAAAGGGUCCACCUGGCCCACCUGGUCCACCCGGACCACCAGGACCAUUCGGCCCAACUGGACCCGGACCUAAGGGACCAAAUGGCCCACCCGGACCACCUGGCCCACCUGGACCAACACGUCCCGGCCCACCAGGACCACCUGGCCCACCCGGCCCAACACGUCCCGGCCCAGGCGGACCACCUGGACCACCAGGCCCAACCCGUCCCGGACCACCAGGCCCACCCGGACCAACACGUCCCGGCCCACCAGGACCACCAGGACCAGAUCGUCCAGGCCCACCCGGACCACAACCACCAUACAAACCAAGUGAUCCAAGAGAGUCAAAUAAGAAUACACCCGGCUAUUUGCCACCCGUCUCAAAAACUGGUAAAAUAACGCAACCCAUUAAGUCAUCAUCAUUAGUUGUGGAGGGUGAAACACCCACGACAAGCACACAUACCACCACAAAUACACAAACAUCUUUCGUGCCAAAUUAUGGUAGUAAUAAUGAUUAUGCACAAAAGAAGGUCACCACCACCACAACCACAACCACAACCAACACCAAUACCAAUACUAACACUCAAUUUAAUAAUAAUAUUAAAACAACACCUCUAACCAAUAUUCCUCCUUCUUCUCCUCCCUCUCCUCCCAAAACCAUCACCACCACAACAACGACCAACACAAAUACGAACACGAACACGAAUUACCCGAAUGUACCGGUUAAUCCGCCGACCUCCUAUCAACAAACUAAUAAAUACUUGCCACCCAAUCGUGGUCCAAUUACGAAUACCUUCAAUCGACAGGAUACAUCUAUUGAGAAGGAACAACCGUACAAGACAAUUACCUCAACAACUACAAACACAAAUACUGACAGACAAACCGGACAGAAAAUCACUCAAGGAGGCGUAGGUCAAAAGGUAACCACAACAACAUACGAACAAACACCCGGUAUCUAUAAUGGACAGAAGGUAACUACACAAAAGGAAACUAAUAUCUAUGGGCAAAUUCCCGGUUAUCCGAUUGGACAAAAAGUAGUCGAAAAAGUAACAACCACGACAACGACGAACCAAAACGUACCCAGCUAUCCAACAGGACAGCGGGUCGUUGAGAAAGUGACCACCACAACAAAUACCAACAGAAACGAAGGUUACAAGCCCAGUCAGCCGACAGGUGGUCAACGUUUCGAACAAAACCGGCAAACAGAGAAGAAUGUAGUUACCAAUACCAUUACUAAUUACCAAACGCCACGUCCCUCCUAUCCACCGACCGAAAUAAAUAACGAACGUGUGUGCUCUUGCAAUGCGGAUCGUAAUCAACAAACUACUACAAUAGGCACACAGCAAUCUACAACCUCGUCCUUCGGUAAACCAACGUCGGAUAGUAAAUUGUAUAAUCAACAACAAUUCACAACACAAACAACAACCGCAUCGGGCGGCCAAGCCUUCUUUGGCGGUAUAACGAACUCCAUGUCAUUGUUACAACAAUUGCCGGUGUUUCCACAAGCGCCAGGUUAUGCCGCCUCCUAUGCACCGGACAAGAUACCUAAAGGUGCCAUUGUAGCAUUUAUGCCGGUAAUCAUUUUACCACAAUCAGCUUACGAACAAUGCGACGAUAAUGCGUUGCAUACGGCCGACAGAUACCAACAGAAUGUCGACAGCUUCCCAUUAGGCGUGCAACCGGCACCGAUUCCAUUUAGCUUUAGUCAGAUUACAGGCGGUGCACGUAAAGAUCAAUGCAUGUGCCCUUGUUCUUGCACACAAAACAUACCAGACAGACUGCACAAGAAGCGUGACACGAACGCCAGUGACGGACUGAACGCAACCGUAGCCAUAGACAAUGAGAAAGAGACCGCUGAAGUGAAAGCUGUAGAAGCUUUAGUGACGGACGAACAAGCGGAGACCAAAGUGACGGAAAAUAAGGUACUAGACACGACGCCAGCAAGCACGGAAAAUGUAGAAACAACAAAGCCAUUGACAGCAGCUGUGGUGGAGACAGCCGAACCGGUAGCGUUGGUUGGCGAAGCGACUGCAACGACGACAGUAACGACAAACGAAGAUGUUAAAGUCGCGCCAGAAAGCGAAAAGAUCGCAGAACCGUCCGCAACUGUUGUGGUCGAAGAAAAGAAAGACUAAAUAGACGUUAUGACGAACGACGUUAAUGACGUUAUACUACAAUUUGUCAUCUACAUACUCACAAACAUCCUGCAAGAAAUCCUCUCCAAUUUAGGAAUGACAAAAUAAGUUAUCUACGGAUACCAUAUGAAAUAACGCCGUCCGUUAGCAAAAGAGAACGUCAACCACAGCAAUCGACAGCCACCAACGUCCCGUUAUCCUACAUCCUCUCCGCACAUCCCAACAAACGCUUGUUGCUUGCACAGUCAAGUCAGCUGGUGUCCCUUAAGCGGACACACUGCUGGCCUAGGCAAGUAAUAUCGGUACCGUUCCUGCAUAUGACGUGCCUGGCAGUUGGUCCAUUUCCUUAUGCGUUCCCCCGUCCAAAGCAACACGCUACGUGCCCGCUCCCGUCCUUAUAACACCUCUCCCGUCCAACAGUAACGGUUGUUACAACCAUUCUGGAAUCCUGAUCCUCAUUACCAAGCGUAGCAAGCGUAUCCUGCCAUCCCGAUCCUGAUUCCGUACCGGCUCCAUACGUCCAGUUCCCGAUUUUGUGUUCAUGUCCUUACAAUGUUAAUUUAUAGUAACAACAACAAAAAUGAAACAAUAAGAAAAUACAUUGUAAGCACUAAAAGAUGUAAAAGUCAAGGCAGUAAUGUAGAGAAAGAGAUUGUAAUGAAGAAUAAGAAACAGAAGUAGAAGAAGAAGAAGAAAAGAAAAGACAAAAAUACUCUUAGAUAUAUAAUUUAUGUA